AUGACUCCCUCACUCUCUCCUUCUUUUCUCUCUCUUCAUAAAUACAAACAUCUCCUUACCUCUAAAUUAAAUCUUCUCUUUCUAUUUCUUUAUGAUUGCCUCUCUAUAUUGAUUGAUAUACUUUUCCUCACUUAUUCUCUCUCUCUCUCUCCCCAAUUUCUCAUCACAACAUCCUCUUUCAAACCUUUCCACUUGUUGUUUAAACUUUUUGCCUUUCUCCCUCUCUCUUAUGAAUGUCCUACCUCUUUAAUUGUAACCACUCAUAUUUCAUCUACUCUUUGCCAUUCUUUCACCCCUUCUCGUUUUAUUCUAAGCCCUUCCUUUCUCUUUCUCACCCUUAUCUCUCCCCACUCUCUUUAUAUUCAGUUUCUCCCUCAUACAGUAGACACAUCAUUUUACACAUCUCUUUUAUCAUGUUUGUAUUCUUCCUACAUUCCCCUCUUUUUAUUCAUUCUAUUUUCUGUCAUUUUUAUUCAUUCUAUUUUCUGUCAUUUGCAUGAUAUCUCCGUUUAUUUAAAGAUGUUCUUUCAUUUGUUGCUUGACUACUUUCCUUUUUUUUCUUUCCUAUUUUCAUUUUUUCUUAUUCAUUUUUAA